AUGGAUUUCUGCUGCUUCCCCAAGCUGGUGGAUCCGGCCGAGACAUUCCUAUGUUGCCUUCCCCUGGGCGCCGGGGUGAAGCUCCUCAUGUGGCCGCACCAAGCGCUCACGCUCUACACAGCGGCAGAGAACCUGAUCGCCGGCGACCUGGGCGUGAGCGACUGGAACAUCUCAAAUGUUCGAAACCAUUUGGUCCCGAUCAUCACGGCGGGCCUUUGGGGAGUCUACCACCGGUUGGAGUCGCAUGUGCGACUCUACUGGUACUACUUAGUCCUGAGCUUCUUCAUUGACAUGUACUACGUCGUCGACAUCUUCGUUCUGCGCGACGCUUGUGUCCAUCUAGCGUUGGAAGUCCAAAACCGGCAGGGCCAGGCCUUCGCCUGUGGCGUGGCUCGAAGCGUGAGCACCGCCAGCGCCGUGGUUCUCACCCUCGUCUUUCUGUACCUGAUCUACAUCGUCUGGAGCUGGUGUGAGGACGUGGAGGGCACCGGCGCCGCUGACGCCAUGGCCAGGCUGUUGGACCUGGCGGAGGGCAAGCGGCCCUCGAGGGCUGAACGGGGACUUUACGGCUGGUCGCCAAAUGACCUGCCAGAGCUGAUUGGCCCCAGCAUGGAUGCCUCCAUCAUCUCCGGGGCUGGCAUCUUCUACGGUUCCAUCAGUAAUGCCAUCAACAGGGAAGCCAAGAUGGUGGGCCAGUUCGUCGUGGAGGAGGUUGGCGACAUCGAGCGCUACGCGACAGGCGGCCGAGCGGCCGAGCGGCCGAGCGGCACCCUGCCCAGAACCGUCUGCCGUCCCGCAGGCCUUGAGCAGCGCUGA